GAGAGACAACGCAACCAAAAUUCCAACUUGUCAUCCAUGCAUGCAUCCUCCACGUAGCUAGCCCUAUACUCUACCUUAAACUCUCCACUGGAUAAAUACCCCUACAAGCCUAAGCUGCCAUGGCCAACCCCAGAGAGAUCAGCUAGCUAGCUAGCCAGCACUCUGCACAGCACACAACGAAACGCAAACAUGCAUCGCGCACGCCUCCUCGUCGUCGUCGUCACCGCCGUCGUCACCCUCCUGCUCCUGGCGCCGGCCGCCGGAGCCGAGGAAGACGAUCAGUUCGGCUACAUCCCCGGCACACCGAGGGGGCCGGAGAACUGGGGCAGCCUGAAGCCGGAAUGGGCCACCUGCAGCAGCGGCGAGAUGCAGUCGCCGAUCAACCUCGGCCUCCUCGACCUCACCCUGGCCCCCGGCCUCGGCGACCUCAACUACACCUACCGAAACGCCAACGCCACCGUCGUCAACCGUGGCCACGACAUCAUGGUCAGGUUCGACGGCGGCGAUGACGCCGCCGCCGCCGGCGGGCUGGUGAUUAACGGCACGGCGUACCGGCUCCGGCAGGUGCACUGGCACGCGCCGUCGGAGCACGCCGUCGAUGGCCGGAGGUACGACAUGGAGCUGCACAUGGUGCAUCUCAACACCCAGAACCAGACCGCCGUCGUCGGCAUCCUCUACGCCAUCGGCGCCCAGGAUGAGUUCCUGCACAAGUUGGAGCCAUAUAUUAUUGAAGUUGCAGACCAAAAAGAUAAGGAGAAGAUUGUCAAUGGUGGGGUGGAUCCAAACGUGGCCAAAGAGCAUGAUAUCGUGUAUUACCGCUACAUGGGCUCCUUAACCACACCACCUUGCACCGAGGGAGUUAUCUGGACCAUUGUCAGGAAGGUGCAUACUGUGUCGCUGUCUCAGCUUGCACUUCUCAAGGCAGCUGUGGUUAAUGGUAAUGAGAAGAAUGCGAGGCCCCUCCAGGACGUGAACAAUAGGAACAUCGGCUUGUUCAUUCCUCUCCCUCUGAUCAACGUAUAAAUUAAACACGCAUGCAUGACGAACGUUACAGAUGAUUCCUGAAGUCAGAUACUCAUACAUCACUCGUUUGUGUGUUGCUGUUGUCGUCAUUGUCUUACUAAAUAAAUAUAUAUCCACUGUCAAUUUAGAUUUAGCUAGCUUAAUUCGAAAGAGAUGUAUAUAUAUGGUUUAAUCACACAUUUGCAUACAUAGCAUAAUGCAUAUUGAAUGCACAUGCUCAA